AUGAAGAUUGCAUCCCGUUCUGCGAUCCCAAAAAAUGUGAUGCACCCGGCCCAGUCAGCCACUGCAAGGCUGGUUUCUGUGAAGGAAGAAAACUGGACAAAGAUAGAACAAGAAAUUGAGAAGUUGGUGGCUGGAGCGUUUCUCUCCUCCUUCCUUCAAGUGACAUUUGAGAGAUUGGCUUCUCGUGACUUUCUCGACUACUUUCGUGGCAGAAAGCUUGACCAUAGCUUACUGACAAAAUUACGCAUCAUCCUUCUUUCUGUGGACAAAAUUGUUGAAGAUGUAGAGGAAAGGCAAUACAGAGACCAUCGUGUGAAGCUGUGGCUUGAUGAGCUCAAAGAUGAAGUCUUUAAGGCUCAAGACUUGCUGGACGACAUUGCUAUUGAGGCAUCACGACAGGAGCUAGAUGCUGAAUCGCAAAGUACUGCUGUUAUCCGCAAGGUACGAGGCUUCUUUACUGCUCUUGGUAAUCAAAAUCAAUUUGACAAAACGAUAGAGUCAGGGAUCAAAGUGGUGCUAAACAACCUCGAGUAUCUUAUAAAGCAAAGUGAGAUAUUGGCAUUCAGGGAAGGGCCAUCUACUGGUUUUCAAUUGGGAGUAAAUAGGAAAGAAUACAAAAGAUUGCGUACCACAAGUUUGAUAGAUGAAUCCAAUAUGUAUGGCAGAGAUGCUGAUAAACAGGAGAUUGUGGAUAAGUUACUAUCACAGAACAUGGGUGGGAAUCAGUUGCCUAUGGAUGUGAUUGCCAUCACUGGUAUGGGUGGGAUGGGCAAGACGACCCUCGCACGACUUGUCUAUGACCAUGUAAAGAUGAAGGAUCAAUUUCAAUAUCACGUUUGGGUGUGUGUUGCUGAAGAAUUUGAUGCUCAUCAAAUUACAAAAGUGAUUCUUAAGUCACUUGAUCCUGAAAUUAAGAUAUUAGAUGAUUUUCAAUUAUGCCGGCGUAAACUAAAAGAGGAGUUGAUGGGUAAGAAAUUCCUUCUUGUUCUUGAUGACGUGUGGAACGAGAACCGUGAAAUUUGGGAGGACUUCCAAGCUCUGUUGAGACAAGUAGCACCACAGAGUAAGAUUCUUGUCACAACUCGUAAUAGAAAGGUGGCAGAAGUCAUGUGUUGUACCUUCACACAUCCUUUGAUGCCAUUACAAGAAGGAGAUUCUUGGAAAUUAUUUGCAAAACAUGCAUUUGGCAACCAACAUGAUAAUGAAGAUCAAAAUCUUGAAGAGAUCGGUAGAAAAAUCGUGAAUAAGUGUGGAGGAUUGCCUUUAGCAAUAAAAACACUGGGAAGUUUGUUGCACAGAAAACUCUCUUCUCAGUAUUGGGAUAAGAUUUUGGAAAGUGAGAUUUGGCAAUUAUCAGAAAAUGAUAGCAACACUAUCCCAUCUUUAAGAUUAAGCUACCACUAUUUACCGUCAAAUCUAAAACGUUGUUUUGCAUAUUGCUCCAUUUUUCCUAAAGAUUAUGAUAUAGACAAGAAUGUCUUAAUCCAAUUGUGGAUGGCAGAUGGUUUAAUAUAUCCAACUCAAAGAAGUACAAGCCUUGAAGAAACGGGUGAUGAAAUUUUCAAAGAUCUAGAGUCUAGGUCUUUUUUUGAGCCAUCAAAAAUAGGUGGCGAUUAUUUCAUCAUGCAUGAUCUUCUAAAUGAUUUAGCAAAAUCUAUUGCAGGAGAGUUUUUUGUGUCGCUUGAUGCUACUCAAGCACAAGAUAUGUCAACCAAGACUCGCUACCUUUCAUAUAUAAGAUACAAAAGCGAUAAUGUUGACAUUUUUGAGAAAGUUUUAAAAUGUCACCAAUUACGUAGUUUCAUCCAAUUUGACAGUCUUAGCAUUGGCGAUGAUAUAAUGUCCAGGCUUUGUCGUCUCAAGUACAUACGACAAUUAUCUUUGAAGGGAUCUCAAAAUCUGAGAAGCUUGACAGAUGGCAUUAGCAAUUUAAAGCACCUGCAUUAUUUGGAUCUUUCGUUCACUUCAAUUAAGAAAUUGCCGAAUUCAAUAUGCUUGUUGAUUAAUUUACAAACGUUGAAAUUAACAUAUUGUGAUGACUUGACUGAGCUGCCGUCAAAUUUGUACAAACUCAUCAACUUGCGUCAUCUUGACUUGGAAGGCUGUGGCAUACGGAAGAUGCCAAGAGGUAUGGGAAAGUUAAAUCAGCUCCGAACAAUGAAUCAGUUUGUUGUGGCAAAGAAAGGAGGAUCAAAUAUAAAAGAAUUAGGAGCCCUUAACCACUUAACAGGCUCACUAACCAUCUCAAAUAUGGAGUACGUGAGUGAUCCUACAGAUAUGAGGGAGGCCAAGUUGAAAGAAAAGAAAUUGGUUGAAUUGACGUUGUCGUAUCAGGGAGACAGCUAUAGUCGUGAAGAGGCACAAUGCCAGGAGCACGUAUUGGAAGCCCUUGAGCCAAAUCAGAGUGUGAAAGAGCUCACCGUUGAGAGAUACAGAGGUACCAAAUUUCCAAAGUGGCUUCUUCAUUUUCUACCUAAUUUAGUGUCUUUAUAUCUAGGGAGUUGUGGCAACUGUGCGGGCUUACCACCACUUGGGCAACUACCUUCUCUCCAGAAACUCGUGAUCCGUGAAUUUCAUGGAAUAAAGGUGAUAGGUGAAGAGUUCUAUGGGAAUGGCUCCUUAAUUGCUCAACCAUUUCCUUCCCUCUUAUAUUUAAUGUUUUGGGAUAUGAGAGAAUGGGAAGAAUGGGAUGUAUGUUAUGAAGGUGAAGGUUUCCCAUGCCUUGAAGAACUUCGUAUAUAUGAUUGUCCUAAACUGACAAAGUCUCUGCCUCAACACCUUCCUUGUUUGAAAAAACUGAACAUUUUUGGAUGUUGGAAUUUGGAGGCGACACUUCCUAAGUCCUCUUCCAUAGAAAUGCUGUUUUUAAGGGACUGUAUGAAGAUAUCAGUGAAAGACAUGCCCACAUGGAGCAUCUCAGAUGUGCUUCCACCUCUCCAUGACCUAUAUUUAUGUAAUUGUCCAGCAAUGGAAUCUCUUCCCCAAGGAGGUAUGCUUUCCAGCCUACAACGUCUUACAAUCCGUGGGUGUUCCAAGGUCAUUGCGUGUGGUAGGGAUUGGGGUUUGCAUGAGUUGUUGUCUUUGAAACAACUUGAAAUUAGUGAUGACGUCAUGGAGUGGUUCCCUGAAGAAGAGAGAUUGUUGCCGCCCAAUCUCCAAUCUCUGUCAUUCGAUUGUUGUCACAAUUUGAGAAGAAUAAACCAUAGGGGUCUUGUGCACCUCCAUUCUCUCACUUCCUUAUCGUUUUAUAAGUGCCCUCGCAUGAGUUUUGAAGGCAUGCCAGAAGAAGAUGCUUUACCUCCAUCCCUCUCUCAUUUACUAGUUGAUUUUGGAUGUCCGUUGCUGAGGGAGAGGUGUGAAAAGGAGAAAGGACCAGAUUGGCCUAAAAUUGCUCAUAUCCCUAAUGUCUCCAUCUACUCUCUAGAAGCAAAGGUGCCAAAAAUAAGAGCACAAGGGCAGGCAUGCCCGAAGAGUGAAGACUGCAUAUCGUUGUAUGAUUCCAAGAAAUGUGAUGCAGCUGGUCCAGUCAGCCGCUGCAAGGCUGGCUUCUGUAUUUGUUGUGAGAGACCUUCUAAUUCAAUUUGA